AUGGCUUUGCCACCAGACAUGCAGCGGUCCUUUCGCCUUUUUGUUACCCAUGUGGAUGGAGAGGGUUUUUUUCUCAAAAUAAGCGGACAACUUGAUCAGCAAUCCUCUAUGAUGAUUGAAAGUUUACUUAAGUUGGCUGUUGAAAACCUCGAAAGUGGAAUUGGAGCAAUCCCACCGGGAACGCCGGUACCCGAGGGCGUCGUGUGUGCCGCCAAAUACAAGGAUGGAAUAUAUUAUAGAGCUAAAAUUUUAAGCAUUAAAAACAUUGCCAACGGUUUAGUAGGAGUGCAUUUUAUUGACUAUGGUAAUAAAGAUACCAUUUCGCUCAGUACCAUAAGAUAUCUAAAUAAGUAUGAUCCAAUGUUACUUCAAAUACCAGGGCAAGCCUCUGAUUAUUAUCUUUCACGCCUUAUCCAUGAGUCUGGAUGUUGGGAUGAGCGUCUGUUAUUAAAACUUCAAAGUCUACUUUGUUAUGCUGAAUAUCCAGCUACUAUUGAUGCUAAUACACGAACAAUUCCUGUAAUAUCAAUUCAGUUCAAAGGAAAUGAUUUAUCAAAUCAUCUUGUAACAAACAAAUUUGGUAUGGCUUUACCUUUAGAGAAACAAGAAUUUCUGUUAUUGCAGGUACCUGAUAAUCAACUUAUUCCUAAUUGGUCUCCAACAUUAAUGACUGAUUCGCCAGCUUAUCCUGAACAUGUACCAUUUUUACUUAAUCAGAAUUUUCCUAAUCCAGCAACAGCUAUGAGACAAAAUGCUUCUGUCUCCUAUUCCACUACUAUUCCACCUCCAUCUAUGGUAGCUCAAAGACUCCUAGUAAAUAGAGCUUCUAGGAAUACUGUAAAUUUAAAAGCACCUAUUCGUCAACCACAACAACCUUUUUCUACAGCCCCAGCAGCAGUUUCUUCUACAUCUGUAACUAUGGGUUUACCCAAAACUCCUUCUCCAAAAAAAUCAAAUACAUACAAGAGUAGACUUCUUGAAAUUAACUCAACACAUAAGGUCUUUGUAUCAUAUGCUGAAGAAGGACCAGAGUUAUUUGCUGUGCAACUUGCAGUGGAUGCUAUAAAACUACAAGAAAUGAUGGACGACAUAAACAGGCGACCACAUAGCAGUCUAACAGAGCCUCCGAUGAUUGGUACUGUUUGUCUUGGAAGAAUGUCUGGAGAUAGAAUAAUUUGUAGAGCCAUAGUUAUGAACCUUUCAGGAUCACAAUGUAAACUAUUCUUCGUAGACUUUGGUGAUACAGAGAUGGUGUCAUACUAUGAUAUAUUUGAUAUACCAGAAGAGUUUGUUAAACCAAAUGUAUUUGCUAUGAGAUUUUGUUUGUCUGGUGUAAAGAAUUUGGAGAAAGGACCACACUUAAAUGAGGCAUUUAAACAGCUUGUGAAUGGAAAGCUUUUGUCAUUGAGAGUGGUUGCACCUGAAGGACCACCUCUAAUUCAGUAUGGAGAACUGUACGUGGAUAACAGAAAUGUCUUAGAUUUGUUGAUGGCAAACAUGAAAGAUAAGUUACAAUUUAAGUGGCUGGAUGCAUUACCACAGAACAGUAAACAAUCAGUAUUAGUGUCUUAUGUUGAUAGUUGCAUUAAAUUUUACAUUCAAUUAUCUGACAACAUAGACACCUUAAAUGCUGUAAUGGAAGCAGUCAAAAAUCACUGUGAAAAUACAUCCUCACCUGGACCAUUGCCAAUUGGAUCCGUUUGCUGUGCAAGAUUUCCAGAGGAUGCCAAUUGGUACAGGGCAAUUGUUAGGGACACCAAAGGAGAAAGAAUAAUUGUUGCAUAUGUUGACUACGGGAAUGAACAGGAAGUAGCUGUAGCCGAUAUUAGGACAAUUACACCAGACCUAAUUCAGUUGCCAGCCCAAGCUAUGAAAUGUGCCUUAAAAGGCUAUGAAGACAAAGCUGUAGAAAGCAAGACAUCAAACCAACUGGAGAUGUUGGCGUUAGAAAAAACAUUGAUGGUUCACGUGGUUGGCAUGUACUCUCAUGAUACAAUGCUAGUAACAUUGGUUGAUGAUACAGUAUCGCCACCUUUGGAUAUUGCCAGGCGGAUGAACCAGCUUUCUCAACCACGAAGCACUGGAAAUGUUGAGAAGGCGUCGCCUCCGAUACGUAAAGAAGCUCCAGAGUUCAGUUCGCCUGAAGGCAGCGUGCCUGAUGAUGGACGUAAGAAGAGUUUCCGAAGGGAAAAGAGUUUCAAAGAUGAAAGGAAACGAGAUGGCGAUGAAGAGUUUGGACAGAGAGGUGGCAGCUUUAGGGGGAGAGACCAGAAGGAUGGCUUCGACAGGUCCGGUUCUGGACGCUUCGGCGAUAAACUUUCUAAGCCCGAUAGAGGUGAUAGACGCGGUGGUAGACGUGAAAACCAAUUCUCCCCGCAACCAGCAUCAGCAGAAGAGAGUUGGGAAGACUCAUCAACUCCGUCAGUUCAGUCGCCGCCGCUCAGACAGAACAGGGAGAACCAUAGAGAUAAAAGAAAGUCUCGGCCAGACGAGAGACAAAAAGGGCACAAAAAGGAGUCGAGUGUCGGUCGACGGUUGCGGCAAGCGACAGAAGUGGCGCAAGCGCAUAAAAAUAUUCAGGACAGACUAAAACGUGAAAGAUUCUAUCAACAAGAUGACGAUAAUAAGCCCGAAGAACGCAAUAGGUUUCAAAAGUUUGACAGAAGAGAGAAUCGAGGUGAAAGACGCGACAAUUGGGGGGACAAGAAGGAAAAUUGGCAUCAAAACAGGGAGUUUAAAGAUAGGGGAGAUCGGGAUUACAGAGGUGAAAGAGGAGAUAGAAGUGAAAGGGGAGAUAGAGGAGACAGAGGUGAAAGGGGAGAUAGAGGAGACAGAGGUGAAAGGGGAGAUAGAGGAGACAGAGGUGAAAGAGGAGAUAGAAGUGAAAGGGGAGAUAGAGGAGACAGAGGUGAAAGAGGAGACAGAGGGGGUAGAGGGGGCAGAGGUGAAAGGGGAGAAAACAGAGGAGAUCGAUACGGGGGUAGAAGUAAUUUCAGUCCUAGAGAUAGGGCGGAUCGGUCUGAAAGGUCUUUUGGCUCCGACGAUAAGCGAUUCGAAAAGAGAUCGUACAACGAUGACCGCGCCGGCCGCGUUCCUUACAAGAACCGUAGUUUUACCUUCAAGGAAUUGACCGACCCAGUAUCUCUAGACACCCCAUUCACUGAGCCGUCCGUAGAGAUCGGUUCACAACAAGAGGUCUCCGUUACUUGGAUUAUAUCGCCCGAGAACUUCUACACUCAAAUCCUAUCUUUGCAAGCGAAAUUCCUCGAGAUGAUGCACAAAAUACCGCAGCUAUACAAAGGCGUGAAGUCAUACACUGGUGAUGUCCCCGUUGGAGCGUCAGUUUUGGCUCGUUAUCCCGCCGACGGCGUCCUCUAUAGAGCCACCGUGGUCGGUGUCCAGCCGUUCUCGAAGUUUAUCGUUCGGUACAUCGAUUUCGGGAAUAAGCAGCUGGUCGACGCUAAAGACAUCUGGCAGCUGGAAAGAGAGCUGAUGGAGCUGCCCAAAAUGGCGGUUCAUUGUGCCUUAGUGGGCGUGGCGCCUACGGAUGGUGAAUGGAAGGCGAAUCCUGAGAUAGAUCUCUGUUUCAACGCUCCCAGAUACCAGUGCAUCUUCCAAGAGUUUGUGGAUGAGCAAUACAAAGUGUCUUUGUGGAAUAAUGGCGUUAAUAUUGCUGAUUCUCUCGUGGAGAAGGGACUCGCGACGUUAUCGGAACACCAGUCGUCAGUUACAUUAAAAGACGAGGCGAUAGAUCUCACGAUAAUCGUAGGUCAACAGAUACUGUGUCGUGUGACUCAUGUAGAGUCGUACGAGAAAUUUUACGUACAACUUGAUUUGGAUAAGGCUGACUUAGUUGAGAGUGCCAUCGCGAACUUUGAUGUUAACAAGCUCACACCCAUAGCAGAUAGAAUAAUGGACGGUAUUCAUUGUACUGUUAGACACGAGGGAAAAAUAUACAGGGCCAUAUUGGGAGAUGUGUCAGAUAGUACGUCUGUGGAGGCUGUGUUGCCAGAUUAUGGUAAAACCAUUAGGACUUCAGCGGAAAAUAUAAUGAUUCUCCCACCCGAACUGAGUGUGUACUACUACCAGUCCCUGCAAUGUUCUCUGAAUAACUACACAGCGGACUCCAAAAUACUCAUCCCAUCAGAGGAACUCAAGGAUCGACUCGUUGGGAAUACGUUCAUCAUUUAUAUCAAUGAUGUUGAUGGAAUAUGCCUCAUAUCAACUCUAUACGAGCCGAAGACAGGUGAAAAGGUGGCCAUUUUCGAACCAGACGAAGGCGCAUAUGACGAAGUAGUACCUCUGUGCACUCGGGCCGUAUUUAAUUAUAACUUUGGAAUGGCUUUUGUUUCGCAUUUGGAGAAUCUGAACGAGUUCUACCUGCAGCGGUCGUCGGAUUCCGACAAGAUCGCCCAGUUAUUAGAUCAGCUUUACAAGUUCUAUGAAGAAGGAACUCCCGAAUCUCUUACAAGUUUCGAAGCCGACACUUUGUGUGUGGCAAAAUCUGCAGAUGGCAACUGGUACAGAGCGAACGUACUGAGUGCGACCGAUGACGAAGCCAAGGUGCAAUACUCCGACUAUGGCAACUCCGAAACUGUCCAAAAACAAUUCAUCAAGAAGAUGGAUCCUAAGUUCUAUGAGCCGUGUUGCCUGGCUUUGGUGGCCAGCCUGGGCCUCGUGGCUUUGCAAGACGACACUCUCGCCAAAUUCCAAGACUGGACAAACGAUAAAGAAGUACAGGUCACUUUGGCCUUCGGCUCCGACGGCUGGCUCGCCAAUUUGAAUCUCGACGGCGUCGACUUAUCACUUAAGCUCAUAGAAGAAAAGCUAGCGGCAACUCAGGUGGAGACGGCCCCGAUCGAAGAAGUGCAACCGGUCCCGGAACCGGUUCAGCCGGUCUCCCUCCCCGAAGGCUGCGCCCAAGUUUACAUCAGCCACAUCGACAGCCCUGGCCACUUCUGGCUUCAAAUGGCGGACAAAGUCGACAAAAUUGAGGAAAUCCAGGCUGAACUGCAGGCCAAUAUCGAAAGCUACCCCGAAAUCGAGAGUAGAGAAAUCGGUACCUUGUGUGUGGCGAAAUAUUCCGCUGAUGACCAAUGGUAUCGGGCCGAAAUACUCGAUUCGGAUUCCGACAUCACCACUGUGAGGUUCGUCGACUAUGGAAACACGGACGUUCUCGAUAACCAACCCGGUCUGAUUAAAGUUAUCCCGGAACAGUUGAAGGCGAUCGAGCGAUUCGCCAUCAAAUCGAGUGUCAACGCCGUCCCGACGGGAACCGGCCAGUGGUCGGAGCCGUCUUCGGACUACUUCACUGGACUCGUCGGCGAUUUGUCACUGCCAGUCGACGCGCUGAUCGUUCUCAAAGACGUCACCACAUACGUCGACAUUUUCGUCAACGGCCAGAACAUCACCGAUAAACUAGUCUCCGACGGCCACGCGACGCGAUCGGAGCAGACCGAGUGCGGCGAUCUCCCGUCUUGCUUCGCCAGUCACGUCAACUCCCCUUCCGAGUUCUGGAUCCAGUUGGAGACCGCCACCCCAGAGUUGCAAGCGAUGGAAGCCGCAAUGGUGGACGCGGAGAACUUCCCGCCCCUCGAAUCAAAAGAGGAAGGCCUCUUGUGCGCCGCUAAGUACCCGGAAGACGGAGCGUGGUACAGAGCACAAGUCAUAGUAGACGGUUCCGAGGGCACCGAAGUGCUCUUUAUGGAUUAUGGGAACGCGUCCAUGGCGAACGAGCUACGCAGUCUUCCCGACGAUCUCAAAACCAGACCGGCGCUAUCGAGAAAAUGUGCCUUACAGAAGCCGAGAGAAAUCAAGUCCUGGUCGCGACGAUCGGAGAUUAAGUUCAACGAAUUGGCGGCAGAAGGUGCUACCAUUUUCAACGUACAGUUCAUAGCGUCGGGAGACAUAUCCAUUAUAGAAUUGUUUUUGGAAGGAAAGUCAGUCACCGAAGAGUUGGUCGGCCUCUGUGAAGAGCAACCGGCCUCGGAGAGACCGUCUCCCGUCGGACAGGACUUGCUCAGCAAUGGGAAGAUUUGCUACGUGAACACGUUAAACGAAUUCUAUGUGCAGUUGGACGACUCUGGAACUAAACUAGACAAAGUGACGGAGAGCUUAGACGACGGAGCUACUUUCGAAGCCGCUCCCGAGUUGAAAGUUGGAUCAGUUUGCGCCGCUUUUUGGGUGGAAGAUGCGAAAUGGUAUCGAGCGAAAAUUUUAGAGUUCUGCGACGUCGGCUCCCAUGUGCAGUUUAUAGAUUACGGAAAUAAGUCCAAGUGCGUCGAUUUCCGGCAGCUACCUGAAGAUUUAUCGACGAUCGAGCCACUCGCUAAAAGCUGUAGGUUGGCCGGUCUAACUGAAGAAUCGGCGACUGACGAAACCGCCAAAGCGAAACUGGAAGACUACGUCGUCGAUCUAGCGACAUUCCAAAUAGAGUUUCUAGAUAGUACCACCGAACCGUCCUUAGUGAAGUUACUACUUAAUGGCGAAGAUGUCAUAUCUUUACUUUUUUCCGAGAACAAAAUCAAAUUACCCGUUGCACUGAAGGCCGAAGAAACAAACGCGGCCGACGAUUUUGGGUCACCUCGAACAGAUUUAGAUGAAAGUAUGGAUAGUGCGAAAACUGUAAUUGAAAACACUCUUGAUAUUGACGACAAAGAAAAUGAUAAUCCUAAAACGGAAACUAUACUGGAAACAAUUUCAAAUAAGGACAUUGCUUCUGACAAAACGAAUGAUAUUUCUGAAGAUAAAGAAACUAACGAUUUAAAAGUCAGUGAAAAGUCCGAGGAAAUUAAUGAAAAAACUUUAGAGCCAGAGCCGAAGGAUGAAUGCAAUGAAAAGCAAGAAUCUCCUGAAAAGGCACAAACUGAUGGUGCUCCUGCCGAACCUUAA